AUGAUCGCACUUAAUUUUUUAAAGAUCGAAAAGCUUUCAUCGGAAAACCUUAAUCUUCGAAACCUUGAGGAUCUUCCUGACAAACUACGAACAGCUCAAGCACGUGUCAGGAACACCACAGCUGAAAACUCUCAUCUUCGAAACAAACUUGAACAAAUCGAGAACACCGUCGAUUCCGAUCAAAGAAAAACCAGAGGAAGCAAAGAAAAGAUCGACAGGCUUCAAAAAGAUCUUGAGCAGAAAAAGCUUUUGAUUGAGGAGCAAAGAUCGAGGAUCAAGAAUCUUGAAAAAGAAAGACAAGAUCAUCGAAAAAAAAUUGAGUCGCUGGAAGAAAAACUCGACGAUCAGACCUCUUCUUUAUGUCAAAAUAAAAGAACAAGUCAAAAUCUACGUCGGCAUGCCCAAGAUAUCAAAAUGGAAAAAGAAGCUGUUUCACUUGAGCUUCAUAACCUGAGAAAGAAGGUAGAGGAACUGGAGGUCCAGGAAGCAAAAAUGAAGAUUGAUAUGAACAGAAAAGAACGAGAGUUCCAAGCGAAAAAGGAACAGCUUCAGGCGGCAAAUGAAGAUAUGGCGGAAUCAAAUGAUAAAGCUCUUCAACUACUACGCGAUCGACUGAAUGAAAUCAACGGAACCAAGUCGGAACUCGUCAACACCGUCAACCUCCUCGCCAAAGAGCUUUUCGCAAGAGUCGGCCGACAAAAAGCUUCAAGACAAUCUUCUCAUACUGGCGUCCAGUCUAAAGUCUGCGAGAUUCUGGACAUUUCAGCAUCAGAAUUUGGAAACUUAAUGACGGACAAGGGUGAUCAAUCGUGGCUCCAGAGCAUACGAGAUGUUCUUGAUGCAGGUGCUCCGUUCGCCGACACUAUCGCAAAUUCCUUCAAAUACCAGUUAGAUGAGCUCACCCGCGCUUCCGCCCCAGUUUCUGGCAGAUAA